AUGAGCUCUGAGUGACAUCCUCUAGGUGUGGCUGUCCAGCCUCUUUAUUGAGAUCCAGGAACUACCGGCUGAUUAGAGUCACCCAGCCAGUUCUCCUCUGACAGCAGAGGAGAGAGGAGCAGCAGACACCAGAGAAGCCAUGGCAGAUCCAGCAGUAGAAGCCCCUCAGCUCUGCUCUGUGUGUUCAGAAGCUCUGAGUGGAGACAAACCUGCAGCCUGCUCCCACUCCGUCUGCGCCUCCUGCCUUGGAGACAAAAGUAAAGGAUGUCCUGAGUGUCUGAAGAGUCCGGCCAAGCCUGGGCCUGUUGCUCCAAAACAGAAUGGCACAGUGGCUGAAGCUCCGGUGAUCCAGAGCAAAGACGAGCCUGACUCCAAGAUCUCUGAGGAGACAAAGAUCCAGGAGGACCUGAAGGAGUCUGAGGCCCCCAAGAAACCAGAAGAGGAGGAGAAGAAAGAGGCAAAAGAGGAGAAUGAAGAGGCAAAAGAGGAGGAGAAAGAGGUAAAAGAGGAGAAUAAAGAGGUAAAAGAGGAGCAACAGGAAGCAAAAGAGGAGAAGAAAGAAGAAAAGGUGGAGAAAAAAGAGGAGAUGCAGACAAUGACUGAAUCUUGUGUCUUGAAGGGGAAAGAAAAGGAGCCUCUGGGACCCGAUGAUGUGGUGUGCGACGCGUGCAUCGAGAACCAAAGAAGGGCCUUCAAGUCCUGCCUCACCUGCAUGGUGUCCUACUGCGAGCCCCACGUCCGGCCUCACCUGGAGAACCCCAAGUUCCAGAACCACCGGCUGGUGGACCCUCUCAGGGACAUUGAGAGGAGGACCUGCGAGAGCCACAAGUGGCCCCUGGAGUUUUUCUGCUCCGCCGAUAACUGCUGUCUGUGUCGGGACUGUGUGAGCGAGGAUCACAGGGGCCACAACACCGUCACUGUGGUAGAGGCUCGCAAACAGAUAGAGAAAGAGCUGAGAGACAAGCAGACGGAGAUGGUGAAGACGGUGACGGCAGCAGAAAACGCCAUCAACAAACUUCAACUAAACACCGUCUCUAUUGAGAAUUCAGUGACAGAGGUACGAGCUGUGAUAGAGAGCCAGUUCGAGGAGCUGCAGGCCAUAGUGGAGCGGGCGAAGAGGGAGGUGACGGAGAUCCUGGAGGGCGAGGAGAAGCAGGCGCUGAGGCAGGCCGAGGGCAUCAAGACCCACCUGGAGCAGAGGUGUACGGAGCUGAAGAAGACGCAGACGCAGGUGGAGAAGCUCUCAAAGAACAAGAAUGACGUGGACUUCUUACAGGAGUACUCAGAGUGGAAGAAAGAAGCCACUGAUAUUUCUCUUCCUGGCGUCUACAUCGGCCUGAUGGACUGCCUGAAUUCCUUCAGCCGCGUGAUCGUCGACUCCACUCAGGAGCUGUGUGCCACGAUUGUGUCUUCGUACAUCGACAAAGUCAAAGAGACGUGUAAGAACGACAAAAUGGGCAUAAAAACGACAGUUAAAGCAAUCGUUGCACAUAAACAGAACAUGACCAUUCCAGACCCAAAGACACACGAGGACUUCCUCAAAUAUGCCGCCCAUGUGAGUUUCGACGCUGACACGGCUCACAAGUUCCUCCGCCUCACAGAGGAAAACAGGAAGGUGACUAACACCACACCCUGGCAGCACUCUUAUCCUGACGUACCUGAGCGUUUUGAGAACUGGCGCCAGGUUCUGGCCACAGAGAGCUUCUAUCUGGGGCGCCACUACUUCGAGGCGGACAUCAGCGGCGAGGGCACUCACAUUGGCGUGACCUACAAAAGCAUCGACCGCAAAGGGACCGAGAGCAACAGCUGCAUCACAGGGAACAACUUCUCCUGGUGUCUCCAGUGGAACGGACGCACAUUCUCUGCCUGGCACAGCGAUGUGGAAACCCCCCUGAGUGUGGAGAAGUUCACCCGUAUCGGGGUUUACGUGGACUAUACUCGAGGCCUGCUGGCGUUCUACGGCGUGGGGAAAACAGUGACGCUCAUCCACGACUACAAGGCGGAAUUCCUGGAGCCGCUUUACCCGGCGUUCUGGUUGUCUAAGAAGGAGAACGUUGUCGCCCUGGUGGCGCCAGGGGAGCCGUUACGGCUCAAAAGCCCCUCUCCUCCCACCUUACCUUCAAACGGAGCUGUCGACUCAAAAACAGCAGCGUAGCAAAGUUCAGAAGUCUACGGGAGCCCUAGAGGGUCAUGGACUGAGAUAAUCAAGUCUAUGGUACGCAUAAAUAUCUAACACGUGUUCAAGGUAGAAUUUCUUCUUUUCUGUGAACCUGCAUUAAACUCUUGAGCACUGGUGGACUCAGAGGGAGGACGGGGGGUGACUGCCCUCCCGGGUACCCUGAUGUUUAAAAAACAAUGCCUAAAUGCCCCCUGGGAUGCCCCUUAAAUUAUAAACAAGUUAAAGUGCCUGCUCAGAUGCCCUGCAUGUGAGCAUUAUCUGACAAAGUGCCCCACUUUAGGGCCUUUUGGCAGGAAAUAUUUGACUAAGCGCCUUCUUUUGGACCUUUUUAGCAGGAUAUAUCUGACUAAGCACCUUCUUUGGGACCUUUUCAGUGAGCAAAUUUUGAUAGAGUGCCCUCAAAGAGGUCAAAACUUGAAAAAAUUCCCUCUUUGUUGCCCUUGAAGUGAGCAAAACUUGCAGACACUCGUGCACUGGUGCCUCACAGCACACGGCAGGUGCCCUUUUAUGAUUCUAACCCCUGAACCGAAACAUCCUGAGUCCCCCACUGGUCCUGAGUGCUGACAUGAAUCUCUUUGAUGCUCACAGAGUUUUUUGUUCUGCAUGUUCACAAGAAAGUUUUGCCCCUGAUAAAGUUCUGUGUGGUCAUGAGGUUUCAUGAGCCCAAGAAAGUUUUACAAGCUUACAAGAAAAUUUCCUUUGCUUUUCUUUUGCUCACAUGGAAGUUUUGUGAAAAGAUCAUUGAGCACAUGUGAAAUUCUCUAAUACACCUCUGGUGGUGGUUUAACAUUAGGAACUCCGGCCAGAAUCCAAGUUUGCUUGACCCCAAAGUCCGGUUCCAUUUGGUCAUUGUGAAUGCAUGUCUGCUUAAAGGCUUGUUCUCAGGUACUCAUCAGCAAGUACAAUUGUAGAGACCAUUCUGCCAGGAUUUUUUCCUGCCAAAGUGAAAAAAAUUGGCUAUAUAUGUGGAGCUUAUCCUGAAAAAUCAAGAAACUUUUACUGUAUUUGUGCCUCUGAGAACAGAGCUGCUAACAAGAACUUUCAUGCACAUGCAGACCUUUCUACAGAAACGAUCUUAUGCAUGCAACAUUUUCUUGUGAGCUCAAACUGUCUUUUAAGCACAGGAUGCCACAGGAUGCAAUUUGAUUUAGUUCUGCUCAUGUCUCCUCAGGGCGCCGUAGACGUCUGUUUGUCCAGGAUCAUUUACUGACACUUUAACAAUGUAAGACUACUGUUUGAUGGACUUAUUAUCUGAAACUUAAAAGGACAAAUAUGGAAAGUCACACCACACUAAACCAGUUUACCUGUCUGUAGAACUGUAAUGAUAUGUUGUGAAUGUUCAUCUCAUGUAUAUUUGGGUUCGGUUCAUAUUUAUAUUCAAUAGUACGUUUUGGGAAAACUGUUACUCUUUAUUAUACUGUGAAUUCAGAGGUGUGUUCUGUAUGCCAGUAAAACCUUUUAUUCUUA